AUGCCGCCCCCGGCCCCGCCGCCCCCCGCUCGGCCCGGCCAGGCCUUCACCAUCGCAGCGCUGCUGGGACGCUCCUCUCCUCCCCCCGCACCUCCGCCACCACCGACCCCUCCGCUGCCCCGUUGGGGGGCUCCUCCCGGGCCCGGGCCGCUCUGCGCUGCGUGCUGCGGACCCCCGCCCGCUUGGGCUGCCCGCCUCGGAGCCACAGGCUUCCUGCUCUCCAAGUGCUGCUUCCCCAUCUUCAAAACCAAGGCCGGCAAAGCCAAGCGGGUGCGCACCAUCUUCACCAGUGACCAACUGGCGAGGCUGGAGAAGGAGUUUGCCCGGCAGCAGUACAUGGUGGGCACGGAGAGGUGCCUGCUCGCCUCUGCCCUGCACCUCACCGAGGAGCAGGUGAAAGUCUGGUUCCAAAACCGGAGGAUCAAGUGGAGGAAGCAGAGCCUGGAGCAGCAGCAAGCCAAACUGGCCAAGAUGGGCCUGGCCAACCCACAGGGGAGCCCUGACUCCCAGAGCCACCGUGGUGACGAGGACAAGGACUGCCCAAUGGGGGCUGAGGACCUCCAGGAGGACACGGGCUCACCCCUGGGCUCAGGGGCUGCACCUCCCUCUGCACAGACUGUGGCAAAGUGCUGCUGAGCUGCUCACCCCUUCCCCCAGGGGCUGCUUCUUUUUACGUGUAUUAUAUAUAAAUGUAUCAUAGCUGGCAAUGAGGGUAUCUAAUAUAUACGGGGCGUUGAUUAUUUUUGCAGUGCGAAAAUAAAUUAUUUAUGCAACUCUCAGUUUAGAGGAAAAACCCAGGCCUUCAUGUCGUCCCUCUGUCUCGUGGCCUGUCCAUCUGUCUGUCUCUCUUUUCCUUCCUGGCUGGGAGAAAAGCCAAUGGAAGGAGAAGGAGAGACGAUGGACGGAGAAGGGGACAACGGGGAGAAGAGGACGAUGGAAAAAGGGGCGAUGGAUGGAGGUGUGAUGGAAACUGCCCUUUGAUCUGGCUGUUUUCAAGGCCGGGA